GAAGAAAAAGAGGGAGCUAAAGCACUUUCCUUGGUCCUUAUCAUGUCUCCUCAAUACCCCAUUUCCAUGAUUUGAUUUUCCACUUGAAUUUUGCUCAUUUUCAAUUAUUCUGAUUUUUUCUUUCACUUGCAAAAGAAUUCACCAUAGGGAAAAGAAAAAUCCGGGGGACGAUGUCGUCGUCGAACGAUCAAGGAGAAGGGUCUUCAUCAAGAACAGCUUCUGCAUCAGCUGAUCAUCAUCAUAAUCCGCAGCAGCAGCAACCGGCCCAAUUGAGUCGAUACGAGUCCCAAAAACGUCGUGAUUGGAACACUUUUGGGCAGUAUUUAAGGAAUCAAAGACCACCAGUGGCUUUAUCCCAGUGCAGCUAUAAUCAUGUGCUAGAUUUCCUUCGAUACCUCGAUCAAUUUGGAAAAACUAAGGUACAUGUACAAGGUUGUGUCUUUUUUGGACAGGUUGAGCCAGCAGGUCCGUGUACUUGUCCCCUUAGGCAAGCAUGGGGUAGCCUCGAUGCCCUUAUCGGUCGACUCCGUGCUGCUUACGAAGAGAACGGAGGCCAACCAGAGACGAACCCUUUUGCUAGUGGCGCUAUACGCGUAUAUCUACGCGAAGUAAGGGACUCCCAGGCGAAGGCGCGGGGAAUCCCAUACAAGAAGAAGAAGAAGAAGAAAAGCACCAUUAAUGAAGGCACCUCAUCGAGCUUUCAGAUGUAAUUCUCGCUUCUAUAUUGCUUUUUCAUGAAUGGUUAUUAAUUAACUUUCCAUUUUUUUACUGCUUUUCAUGUUGAACCUCUACCUCAUAUAUGUAGUAAUUUUUACUUUGAAUGAAGAUAUUUACAUGUGGAUCAAAA